AUGUCUUCGACACUGCGUCCCCGUCUCCACAUCCAUACUUUCGCAUCUACUCCAUCCUCCUCCUCUCCUCCCAUCCCCAUUCCAGCCCACCUCCCCCCUCUCCCCUCAACCACCACCCUCCUCUCCCCCCAGCUCUGGACCACACUCCACCCCUCCACCCUCUCAAUUUACACGCACCUCCUCCCCGCAAUCUUCCUUCUCAUCCUCACAAUCUCCAUCUCAAUCUUCACACCCUACGCUCUCACCUCCCUCCCCACCCCCGCAAAAACCAUGCUCAUUCUCAACCUCCUCGCCGCAACAACCACCCUCCUCCUCUCAACAACCUACCACCUCCACGAACACACCCCACCCACCACCGCAGAAAGAUUCCUCCGCUACGACUACACCGGAAUCAUCCUCCUGAUCGUGGCCAACUACACCACGGGGUUAUAUUUCGGGUUCUACAAUGACUGGGGACUAGGGCGGAGAUAUACUCUUUUUGUGAGUCUAUACCAGACAAGCCAUAUUCUCAUCUCUAUUUCAUCCCGCACUACCCCCUAA